AUGACCAGACUCCACGACUACCACGACUCCCAGACUCCACGACUACCAGAUUUCUGGACCACACAACAACUGUCGAUACACACUAGUCACGGAACAAGACCUCUCUCAACUUCUAUGCUGCCUUCUCCAAGCUCUUCCCUGUUGCAUCGAAGCCCGCGAAGUAUCCGCCAACGACGUAACCAUGCAAACUCGCCACCAUACAUCUCACCCUAUCGGAAUUUUGGGCCUGUUCAAGACCGUUCGAAUUUCACGGAUGCUGUGGAGGAUGAAAGGGCAACACAACGAGAGAAGAACCGCGAGCUUGCUUUCCAGCAGCAAGAAACACCAAGCCGACGCCACAGAAGGGUUCCGACUGCUGCUGCUUCGAAGGAGAACAGGUCUCCCUCUCCAACUCCCGCUCCACGUCGGCGCCGGGUUAAUCUGAUCUUGCCGCCCCCUCCAGCUCAACCGUCAAUCCCAGCUACUUCUGGUAUACGCUCCGUUCGACUUUUACUUCCAACUCCACCAUCAUCGGUAUUGCCGACACCACGAGAAACUCAGCAAGAACGGGUUAAUAUGUACUCGCUCGGUCAACAAAGACGACGAGCGCGGGAACGAGAGCAGCGGGAACGAGAGCAGCGGGAACGAGAGCAGCGGCAACACGAGCAGCAAGAACGGGAGGACCAAGCACAUGAGCAACAUAUAGUGCAGCGUUCCGAAAUAAAUGAACAUCCACCUCUUCGACUGUUUCCCCUUCUUCGACAGCUGUCCCCAGCACAAAACCAGCUGUUGACACCACCUACGACUCAAAUCGUUCAUUCUAAUAUUAACUCUUGCGAGGCGUCCACUUCCCAAUUACCUCUCAGCGCUCCACCUAUUCAACCCUCUCGACCUCGCCGCCAUGUGACUGUCGCACCCGCUCGCCAACCGAAGGGGUCCUGCCGCUAA